AUGUCUUCUGCAUCUACAACAGAGAAGAUUAAAAUCACGUAUGAGAAUAGUUACAUGGGAGAUAUCAAACUAGCUCACAUGUACGUGGACAAUGUAUCGGGAAAGUACAUCUAUCUCAAAUUUGUAUUCACGUUGGCGAACAUGUUCCAUACGACCGUGGAAGGAGCCCAAGACUCUAAAACUAAGGAAUUUUCCUUAUUCUUGUAUCCCGGAGACACAAAGGUUUACCUUACAAGCUUUCCUAUCGUUGAUCGAUAUAAGAGUUGGAAGUAUAAUUUCAUGUACAAUUACUCGUUUGCAGAUAAGCCAACCGAGUCUAGAGAGAUCUAUGAUGGAGUUUUCUUUGAGUGUUUUCAUAUGGGCUUUGGAAGUUUGAUUGUUGCUCUCAAGAACAACAACGUCAUUUUGAACAAUCGAGGAGGCGAUCGCCAUGUUUUAGUCAAAAUUAAUUAUACCACCCUUACCAAUUUGAAGCCUAACAAGGUGUAUGAUGACUAUGUUGAUUUGUACGACUUGAAAAUCCUGAAUGAACUUCAAAUAUUGGACAAGCAGGAGAAGACCACUUACAAGUACAAGUAUUUCGUUAAAAAGCCAGAAAAGCCAUUGACCGACGAUGAGGCUGGCUCUACCCUCUUGUCCUACUACUUUACGAAUGUAUCUAAGGCUCAGGCUCUUGUAGUGGAGAGGAGGGAGCUGAGCCCUGGUGUCUUUGGUGUGUUGGAAAUGACCAAAGAAGGAGUUGCUGUGUUGAGCAUUGAGAAUAACAACACUUCGAGUGCUGUGAUAGUGUACGAUCUAAAGGUCAUGGGAGGAGAAACAACGUUCAUUCAGGAGAAUUUGAGUAGUAGUAGCGAUAUAUCCAAUCCUCAGAUUGUAGUAUUUCCAAACGAAACGAAAAAACAACUGGUUCGCAUUAAGCCACCAAAAGGGCUAUUUCAAAUCACAUACGAUUGCAAGGUGGCUGAAGGAAAAGUUGUCGAAGAGAAUGAGGUCAAAACUUCACUGUUUGUAUAUGGAUACUACUUCAAAGUAUUCAAUUGUGUUGUAUUGGCUGUCAAGAAUAAUUGUGACAAGGCUCAUAAUUGUUACUUUUUCAUGAAACAGCUAGAAAAUUGCAAGGUGGUAACCGAGUACAGUGACCAGCAUCGAAUGACGGUGCUGCCCUUUCACACCAAGUUGUAUUCUUCCCUUUAUUUGAUUGAUUCAACAAAGCCAUUUGUGUAUUCGUACGCGUAUCAAAUCAGCAGAGUUGUUGAAAAAGAAGAUUCACUAAUUGACUUGAAAUCUAUACACACAACUUCCAAAACCAACAGCUCAAGCUCCAUUCAAUCCAUUGCAUCUGUACAGGCUCAUACACAGGCGAACGAUUUACAUGCUGCAAGUGUGGACAAGGACUUGAAAAUUGCAUUGGAAAGUAUUGAAAAUUUGGCCACCCAAAGUGAAGUUGUGAAACAUCAAAUUGCAUCCAAUGAGAAGUUUGUUGACAAGGACUUCCCUCCUCAAACAGAUCCUACCAUUUACGAGCCAUCGUUUUCUGGAAAAAGAAUUGAAAAUAUUAAGUGGGCUCGCGCCUCAGAAAUAUUAGGAAAGUCUCUAGAGGUGUUUUGUGAUGGAAUUGAACCUGACGACAUUAAACAAGGGUCGUUGGGAGAUUGCUGGUUGUUGUCAGCAAUAUCGAGCAUCUCUUCCAAACCUUUACUUAUUGAGCGCCUCUUCACAACUCGAGUACCGAAUGAAGCUGGAAUUUACGAGGUUAAUCUUUGUGUUGGAGGUGAAUGGACUAGAGUUAUUGUUGACGACUUUUUCCCAGUUCAAGAAUGGAACAGUCCUCUUUUCGCUCACAACCAUUCUGCUGAAAUAUGGGUAAUGUUGUUGGAGAAGGCAUAUGCAAAGGUUUGCGGUUCCUACUCAAAAUUAAUUUCGGGCUUUGCCGAUGAAGCAUUUGAAGAUUUGACUGGAUGUCCAACCUUUUCCAUACGUCUCAAUUCAAGAGACCCCUCUUUUAAUGCUCAAAACAUUUGGAACGAAUUGUGCGAGUACAUUCAAAAAUCAUACUUCUUUUGCUGUUCCACACCAAAUUCACCCAAUUGCGAAAAAGUUGGGCUCAUUUCGUCUCACUUUUAUACCUUACUCGAUUGUAAGGAAGCUUUGAAUGGAGUAAAAUUGGUAAAGCUACGAAAUCCAUGGGGAGGUAGUGAAUGGAAAGGAGAUUGGUGUGACGACGACACUAGAUGGACCAAAGAAGCAAAACUCGCCUUUCAACACAUGGCAUUUAUGGACGAUGGAGUUUUUUACAUGCCAUUCAACGAUUUCCUAAACUAUUUCAUUAAUGUAGUUGUUUGUAAAUAUGACCCCAAGUUCUCACGAAACCAAGUGAAGGUCGUUUGUAACACGACCAAUCAAGUAGGAUCAUUUGAGGACAAAUCAUCAUAUCCAAUUAUUGAGGUGAAGUUUGAUGAUGAUCAAGAUGAAGCAUUCUUUGGAAUUCAUCAAAAGGAUCAACGUUACAAGGACGGUCCAACCAUUGCUGCUGGCAUUGGAUUCAUCCUGUUAGAUUCUACAGGCUCUGUGGUCGGCGGCUGUCCUAUUAGUAGCUCGAGAUCCUCCUUUACCAAGACCUAA